ACAAAAUUAAAAUUUCUAGUGAAGCUAGAUUAAAGUUUUCUUUAUUUCUUGCAGUUUUAAAUAAAUUAAUUUUUAGGCUAACCUCGUUAAACGGUUGUUGUCUUGACUACAGCGAUCAGCUGUAUUAAUGACAACAGCUGUGAAGGAAACAAUCUGGAACUGAAACAUACUAACAUUUAACCUUAAUAGAGAUUUUCAUUAUAAUUUUGUAUAUAUUUUUAACUUGUUAAGAAAUUAUUAAUGAAUUUAUAUUGUUUAUUGUUUAUAAUUUAAUAAAAUGAGUUUUCACAAUGAGGAGGAAGAUGAGACGGACAAAGAUACGGGCAUGUUAUUAAAUCUAAGCCAAAAAUCGGGCAUAUUUGUGGCUGAUCAAACUCCUACACCCACGAGACUUAUAAAAAACUGCGAAGAAGUGGGUCUUUUUGAGGAUUUAAAAAAUGUUAAUCCAUUCGAUGAAACAUUUCGCAGGGCCUGUGAACAGAAUGUACAACAUACACCCAGUAGUCAUCAGCAAUUUCAGAAUGAUGAAAAUUCUUUACACACACCACAGGUGUUUCCACAAUUCGAUACAGCCGUUGAGGGUGGCAUAGUAGCGGCUGAAGAUUUGACAAAACAAACUCUAGAUACUCCUGUCGUUUUGGAUGUGGAAAGUGUAGAAAAUAUUUUGAAUGUAUCGCCAGCUUGUGUAAAACCCAAAAGUGCUGACUGUUAUGCCAACAAAUAUAGACCAAUCGCUGAAAAACCUCCCGCUCAUACUGUACAACAGUCACAGACGGGAAUUACUUUUUUACCCUCCUCCCUGCAGUUUAUACAACCACAAGUUAUAACAGUAACAUUUCCAAAUCCCACUAUAGACUCUGCCAUCAAUACUACUGCCAAACCAACACAGCAACAGACGCUACAAACAAAGAAAUCUUUAACAAAAACUAAACCUCUUAUACUGCCCAAACUAUCAACGACAAAUAUAACAUCUACCAAAGAUAGCACAAUAAACACUUCGGGUUGUUCUGCAACCUCCCCAAAUCACUCGUCUACUCAACCGGAGCCUAGUAGUGCCAGUUUAACACCCACAUCACAAUUACCCAUUAAAGAACGUCUUAAAGCGAUUUUAAGUCAAUCUAGUAAAACACGUCCCGCCGAUUGGUCCGACAAAUCUUGUAGCAAUAGUAAACAUUUGAAUAGAAAUUCUAAAAGCAAUUGUCAACGGGUUUCUAAAGACGAUACCAUGGAACGCCGUAGAGCAGCUUCAACACGUUAUCGCCAUAAAAUGCGCAAUGAGUACAAAGAGUUGCGUAAACAAAAUUCCGAAUUACAAGUUGAAAAUAAUAAACUUAAAGAGAAAAUCAAACAGUUGGAAAUGGAAAAUUCAAAAUUAAAAUCCGCUUCAUUACAGCCUGUUUUAGCUUCGUCUACAUUACCUGCCCUUGGAGUACCCGCUCAAAUACAAAUUCCUGCCUCUACCAUACAUUUAGUUAUGAACAUACCCAAAUUGGUGGUACCGUGUGGUACUGGCGAUUUAAAUCCCAAUUCAGCCAUGCUGAAAACUCCUUUAAGUUAUAGUUUAGAUAAAAAAUACAAUGAUUUAAACAUAACAAGAUGGCUAGUAUUAGAGCAAAACUAUUGCUUCUUAGAAAAAGACUAUAAACAAACAGAUAACAUGGGUGAUAAUGAACAGAAAGCUUUACAAUUAAUGGCAGAUGCCGAAAAAAAAUUAUCCCAACAAAAGGGUCUAUUUAGUUCUCUAUUCGGUAAUUCAAAUAAAGUCGAAGAGGCCAUAGAAUGUUAUCAACGGGCUGGUAAUAUGUUUAAAAUGUCCAAGAAUUGGACUAAGGCGGGUGAGUGUUUUUGUGAGGCAGCCAGUCUGCACCAAAGGGCAGGUAGCCGUCAUGAUGCGGGCACCAAUUUUGUAGAUGCCUCAAAUUGUUAUAAAAAAGUCGAUAUAGAUACAGCCGCAUCAUGUUUAUUAAAAUCAAUAGACAUUUAUACUGAUAUGGGUCGUUUUACUACGGCUGCCAAACAUCAUCAGAGUAUUGCCGAAAUGUAUGAGGCCGAUCCUAAUACCUUAGCUAAGGCCAUACAGCAUUAUGAGCAGGCUGCCGACUAUUUCAAGGGUGAGGAGUCGGUGUCCUCGGCCAAUAAGUGUAUGCUUAAAGUGGCACAGUAUGCUGCACAAUUGGAGGACUAUGAGAAAGCCGUCAAUAUCUAUGAGCAAGUGGCCACCUCUUCCUUGGAAUCAUCAUUGCUAAAGCAUUGUGCCAAGGAAUAUUUCUUUAGAGCUGCCUUGUGUCAUCUUAGUGUCGAUAUUUUGAAUUGUGAACAUGCCUUGGAGAAGUAUGUCAAUCAAUAUCCAGCAUUCCAGGAUUCCCGAGAAUAUAAACUAGUUAAGACUCUUUGUGAACAUUUGGAGGAACAGAAUAUUGAGGGCUUUACCGAAGCAGUUAAAAACUAUGAUAGUAUUUCUCGUUUGGAUCAAUGGUAUACUACUAUACUAUUGAGAAUUAAAAAAGCCAACGAUGAGGAUCCCGAUUUACGUCUCCGACGAAGACCUCUGCAACAGGCACCCGCCUCAUUCGAAGUCAAUUCGGACUUUUUAACCCAACUUAUGGAAGAGAAUGCCCGACGACGUUUACAACAACAGUUCGAACAACAUUUAGAAUUAAUUAAUAUGCAACUAAUGCGUCAACGUCAGCGUGAAGAACGUUUACGUGAACGUUAUCGUCAACAUCAAUUAGCUGCCAUGGCAGCAGAAAAUGAAGAAUACGAGUACAUGCAAAAGAUGAAGGAACAAAAUGAGAAUAGUCUCAAUAAUAAUAUACAACAAUAUGAUCAAUAUGAUAAUACAAAUCCAGAUUUUACCUAUAAAUAUCCCACGAUUAACAGUUUGGAAAAUCAAAGAGGAAGAAUUAAGUUCGCUGUGCCACCCACCGAUUUGCGUUACUAUGAGGUGGACGAUGAGAGAAACGAUGACGAAGAGGCUGGAGAAAACAAUGAAGUAACUGUGAUUAGAGGUGAGAAUGAGGGUGAUGUUGAUGCUGACGACGCUGGUGAAGUAGAGGGCGUAGAGGUGGAUAAGGAAGAAGAUUUAGAUUCUAGAGUUUUAGAAGAAUAUGAAGAAUAUAAACCUAAUGAGGAGGAAAAUAAUAACAAUAAUGAAGCUAAAACUGGUGAAAUUAAAAACUCGGUGGGAUCAACUAUGAUAUUGUCACCAGCUCAAGCUGGUGUAGCGACACCAACAAGUGGCAAUACCAAUUUCCAUAGAAUUAAACCACAGACAGCAGCUGCAGGUGUUAAUACCCUUAAUGUACAGCAGACACAAAAUGGUGUAGCACCAGCUAGACAGGAUAUUACCACCCUCAUCGAUAAAUUGCAUCCAAAAAUCGAACAAACACCACAGGCCGAAAUGAACGAGGGCCAUAUGGUGUUAAGGGAACAUUUAGGCAUGAAGGGAGAAAUGGGCAUGUAUGUGGUGGCUUUAAUAGCGGGUGUAAGUGCUGCCGCUACAGUGGGCUUAUUCGUUUUGGGAAUAGCCUGGUAUACUUUCCAUAAUAAAAGCAAGGCCGCGGCCGAUGUUGAGUAUCCCGCCUAUGGUGUAACAGGUCCAAAUAAAGACAUUUCACCUUCGGGUGAUCGUAAAUUGGCUCAAAGUGCUCAAAUGUAUCAUUAUCAGCAUCAAAAACAACAGAUUAUUGCUAUGGAAAAUAGACAAAAUAAUGAAGAGAACUGUGAAAUGUCCUAUGUGGAAAGUGAUGAUGAUAAUGAGGAGGGUGAUUAUACUGUUUACGAGUGUCCUGGUCUAGCUCCGACUGGUGAAAUGGAGGUUAAGAAUCCUUUAUUCUUGGAUGAUACACCCGUAACACCCGCUUUAGGCAAUCAUCCCAUAACACAGGUUUCAGCCCAGCAGCCUACGGUUAAAAAGCUAUUUGAAAAGACACAUAGUACCACAAAUACCGCGUUGCCAACUAACACUACAUUAGCAGCAGCAGCCGCCGCCAUAACAGCAGCGUCUUCCGAGGAUAAAAAACAAAAGAAAAGUAAGAAGUAAAUUCCAAAAACAACAAUUUUUUUUGUAAAAAAAAGUACUAACUAUACCUACUAUAGGUUUGAUAACAAAAAGAAAACUUAAUAUCCUUUUUUAACUUUUACAAAUCCAAUAUUUCUUUUAACAAAAAAACACUCUAUUGGUUACAUAAUGACUGCCCAUAACUAACAAAUUGUUUAUCCAAACUUUGUAUAACAAAAGGAGACCUUUGGAAACAUUAUAUCAAGGUAUACUUAACAAGGUGACAGUACAUGAGAGCAACCACACGAUUGUCAAGUCAAUGUAUACAAAAUUGUAAACAAUGAUCAGCUGUGCUUGUGAUGUCACCUUGUAUUGAGUACACCCCGCAUUAUAUUAUCUUGAAUGAUAUGAAAAAAAACUAUGUUAGUUAUAGGAUAUAAGUCAUUAUAUAAUCAAUGACUAACUGAACCGUAAUACUAUUGGUAAUUUGAAUUAUUUGAGUUAAACUCUGGUAUUCUAGGAAUUUAAUUCCUUUGACAGUCGAGAAAACAAUUCAAUUAUAUAUUAUAAACAACAACACAUUUUAUUCUUAAUCUAAGUUUUAAUUUAAUUUUUUGUUUUAGAUUUAAGUUUAAAUCUUUUCCAAAUUUCUUCCUUAACUAUAAGUAAACUAAAGAAAAAUUUAUUAUUAAAAACUUAAAAUAAAAUUAAAGAAGAAUCAACACUUAAACAAUCUUUACCAAAAAUAAAUAUAUUUAUAUAUAUGUACCAAAGACACAUUUUUCCAAAAACUAUAUAUACUACGCGCACUACAAACAAACAAAAUUAUCCGAGCCUCAGAUUUUUUUUAAUUUUGAAACUAAA